UCUGAACAAGUUCCUGGAUAACAAGCCUAAAGGUUUUCUUUUUGAUGAUAUCGAUAUUGAUGAUAGUGACGAUAUUGAUGCUAGUGACGAUAUUGAUGCUAGUGACGAUAUUGAUGCUAGUGACGAUAUCGAUCGUGACCUUGAUACGGAGCUGGAGCUGCUAACUAUGAUGAAUGCGCUAACUAUGGAUAUGAUGCCGGAAAUAGACCGAUUUUAUAUCACCCUUCAAUUCGAAUUAGCAAAAGCAAUGUCUCCUUGCAUAAUAUGGAUUCCAAACAUUCAUGAUCUGGAUGUGAAUGAGUCGAAUUACUUAUCCCUCGGUCUAUUAGUGAACUAUCUCUCCAGGGAUUGUGAAAGAUGUUCCACUAGAAAUAUUCUUGUUAUUGCUUCGACUCAUAUUCCCCAAAAAGUGGAUCCCGCUCUAAUAGCUCCGAAUAAAUUAAAUACAUGUAUUAAGAUACGAAGGCUUCUUAUUCCACAACAACGAAAGCACUUUUUCACUCUUUCAUAUACUAGGGGAUUUCACUUGGAAAAGAAAAUGUUCCAUACUAAUGGAUUCGGGUCCAUAACCAUGGGUUCCAAUGCACGAGAUCUUGUAGCACUUACCAAUGAGGCCCUAUCGAUUAGUAUUACACAGAAGAAAUCAAUUAUAGACACUAAUGCAAUUAGAUCCGCUCUUCAUAGACAAACUUGGGAUUUGCGAUCCCAGGUAAGAUCGGUUCAGGAUCAUGGGAUCCUUUUCUAUCAGAUAGGAAGGGCUGUUGCGCAAAAUGUACUUCUAAGUAAUUGCCCCAUAGAUCCUAUAUCUAUCUAUAUGAAGAAGAAAUCAUGUAACGAAGGGGAUUCUUAUUUGUACAAAUGGUACUUCGAACUUGGAACGAGCAUGAAGAAAUUAACGAUACUUCUUUAUCUUUUGAGUUGUUCUGCCGGAUCGGUCGCUCAAGACCUUUGGUCUCUACCCGGACCCGAUGAAAAAAAUGGGAUCACUUCUUAUGGACUCGUUGAGAAUGAUUCUGAUCUAGUUCACGGCCUAUUAGAAGUAGAAGGCGCUCUGGUGGGAUCCUCACGGACAGAAAAAGAUUGCAGUCAGUUUGAUAAUGAUCGAGUGACAUUGCUUCUUCGGCCCGAACCAAGGAAUCCCUUAGAUAUGAUGCAAAAUGGAUCUUGUUCUAUCGUUGAUCAGAGAUUUCUCUAUGAAAAAUACGAAUCGGAGUUUGAAGAAGGGGCAGGAGAAGGAGCCCUCGACCCGCAACAGAUAGAGGAGGAUUUAUUCAAUCACAUAGUUUGGGCUCCUAGAAUAUGGCGCCCUUGGGGCUUUCUAUUUGAUUGUAUCGAAAGGACCAAUGAAUUGGGAUUUCCCUAUUGGGCCAGGUCUUUUCGGGGCAAGCGGAUCAUUUAUGAUGAAGAGGAUGAGCUUCAAGAGAAUGAUUCGGAGUUCUUGCAGAGUGGAACCAUGCAGUACCAGACACGAGAUAGAUCUUCCAAAGAACAAGGCUUUUUUCGAAUAAGCCAAUUCAUUUGGGACCCUGCAGAUCCACUCUUUUUCCUAUUCAAAGAUCAGCCCUUUGUCUCUGUGUUUUCACAUCGAGAAUUCUUUGCAGAUGAAGAGAUGUCAAAGGGGCUUCUUACUUCCCAAACAGAUCCUCCUACAUCUAUAUAUAAACGCUGGUUUAUCAAGAAUACGCAAGAAAAGCACUUCGAAUUGUUGAUUCAUCGCCAGAGAUGGCUUAGAACCAAUAGUUCAUUAUCUAAUGGAUCUUUCCGUUCUAAUACUCCAUCCGAGAGUUAUCAGUAUUUAUCAAAUCUGUUCCUAUCUAACGCAAGGCUAUUGGAUCAAAUGACAAAGACAUUGUUGAGAAAAAGAUGGCUUUUCCCGGAUGAAAUGAAAAUUGGAUUCAUGUAA